AUGGGAAUUCAGGAUGCUUGCACCCGUGAGGUGUCUGUUGAAUGUGUAAGUUUUUGGUCAGAGGCAUGGGGAAGGUGGGGCCUGCUCAACUGCCCAGCAUCUUCCGAGGAAGAGGAUCUGCUUGGAGCAGGUUGCCAGGCUGAAGUGCUCACUGUGGCGAAGCUGACACGUGAGAGCACGAAUGAGAUAGAAGCAGGGCAUGCUGCAGGCAAGAAAUGGGCGAGGCGCCGGAGCGAUCUCGGCAGAGCUCUGAAGUUGCAGGACCAGAGUGCCCAGCGCAUGAUGAGGAUGUUGCAGGGGAUGCCGGCUCUCCAUGCAGACCUCUGGUCCGAUCUGUCCAUGGCAGGCAACAAGGGUCCGACUGAGGACUCUUCCGGGAACGGAAAGAAACGCAAGGGCCCAGGACAAAACCCGAAAAAGACUACUGCCAAGAAACAAAGAAGCAUCUCUGCAUAUCAGGCUUAUGUGGCCAGCAAUGUCCGGGGCCGACUGGCAAACAGGGAGGAUGUGCAAAAGUACCGGCAGCUCUCCGAGUCUGAGAUGCAGAAGUAUGGGAACCUGGCCCAUGCCAUGACCCAAAGGCGUCGUGUCGCUGGAGGAAAACGCUCGAAGGUUCGCAGGGCAGAUCCCUUGGCUUGGCCUUUGAGGCUGAAGCGCAAGGCGGCCAGGCGGCUGCAAAGUCGCUUUGAUCCCAAGGAAGCACGCCGACAGCUCCAAAGAGAUCGGGCCGAUCCACUGUGGAUGAGGUGGCAGCAAAUCAGCUCGGAAAUGGACAGACAGCACAAUCAGGCCCAAGCAGGGGACAAGCAGGCCCGAGAGGACUUUCUGUCGCAUGUGGACUGCAAGGGUGAACUUUGGCCUCUAGAUCAUUUGAAGGACCACAUCUUCAGCUGGCGCAUCCAACGACCACCUGCCUGCUCUGAUCCUGGCCCUGACACAGGCUUCACUUCUGACUUUGUGCAACACACAUGGAUGAGCAAAGCUGCUCAAGAUGUUGCUUGUGCUCCGAGCAUCACCGGAGUUCUUGGACGGUCAAGGGAGUCGCGGCUGGCGGAGUGGGAGCGGCGGCACGUGGUUUUGCGGCCUAUGCCUGGGGUCAAACUAGCGAAAGAGUCUGAUAAUGCUCGAGCAGCCCGUGCCAUCAGACAAGCUGGGCUUGUGCUCUCCCCUGCAGCCCGCAACCUGGAAAAGGCAUUAGCCAACAUGCUGAUGACCUUUGCUGGUCAAGGCUUGAAGGAGCCGUCCAAGGUCAAAAGCAAGCAGCGAUUGCUGCUCGAUGAGAACCACGUAGUUGUCCGGUUGCAGAGGCCCGAGAUUGCCGGGUCCAUGGUCCGAUGCCUUUGGUAUCAGGUUUGCUACCUGACAUAUGAUCGGCCUGUGCGAGCCACCUUCCUGUCUCUGGAGGAGGACACGUACCUCCAGCCGACCACGAGGCAAGGUCUCAUCUUGGCCCCGAAGUGGAAACCGGGAUGCGGUCGGCAAACAUGGCUUUUCAGCCUUCCAGAGCUGGCUGCUUCCUUGGUGCCUAGCAGCAAUUGGACGGGGGAGUUCUUGUAUAUUAAAGGUUGCGGACUUGGGCCCGAAAAGGAGGAGGCUGACAACGACAGGCCAUUUUUCCUGGAUGUGCAACCCAUGGACACAGGUCCGUUUACUCUCGAUUCCGUCUGCACUUCGAAGGGGCCGAAUGGUCCAGACCAGGCAAGGUCCGAGAGUGAUGAUGAUGCUGUCCAGACAGAGGCACUCCAGACAAAGGCCCGAGUCAGCCAGGCUUUCAAAUCUGCUGCUUUGGACGUCCAUGGAAUGCUUCCACAGGAAGAGGUCUAA